AUGGAGGAGGCCAGGAAGGGGCCCUGCUGCUCACCAAGGGUUUACAUCGUCCGGAUAACUGAUGGCAGCCAUGAAUGGACAGUCAAGCACCGCUACAGUGAUUUCCAUGACCUGCAUGAAAAGCUUGUUGCAGAGAGGAAGAUUGAUAAAAAUCUGCUUCCGCCCAAAAAGAUAAUUGGGAAAAACUCGAGAAGCUUGGUGGAGAAGAGAGAGAAGGAUCUGGAGGUCUACCUGCAGACCCUGCUGGCCGCCUUCCCUGACGUGGCCCCCAGAGUGCUGGCCCACUUCUUACAUUUUCACUUCUAUGAGGUCAAUGGCAUCACUGCGGCACUGGCUGAGGAGCUCUUUGAAAGAGGAGAACAGCUCCUGGUGGCUGGUGAGGUCUUUGCCAUUGGACCCCUGCAGCUCUAUGCAGUCACUGAGCAGCUGCAGCAGGGAAAACCCACAUGUGCCAGUGGGGAUGCCAAGACUGACCUCGGGCACAUCCUGGACUUCACCUGUCGCCUUAAGUACCUUAAGGUUUCUGGCACAGAAGGACCUUUUGGGACCAGCAACAUUCAGGAGCAGCUCUUGCCAUUUGAUCUGGCAAUAUUUAAGUCUCUCUGUCAGGUGGAGAUAAGUCGCUGUGAUGCCAAGCACAUCCGGGGUCUGGUUGCAUCGAAACCCACCUUAGCCACGAUGAGCGUCCGCUUCUCAGCAACCUCCAUGAAGGAAGUCCUCGCUCCCGAAGCCUCGGAGCUGGAUGAGUGGGAGCCAGAAGGCACAGCCCUGGAAGGCCCUGUGGCUGCUGUCAUCCCCACGUGGCAGGCGCUGACCACCCUGGACCUGAGCCACAACAGCAUCUCGGAGAUUGAUGACUCUGCGAAACUGAUUCCAAAGAUUGAGUUCCUGGACCUGAGUCACAAUGGAGUGCAGGUUGUGGACAACCUACAGCACCUGUCCAACCUCGUGCAUGUGGACCUGUCCUACAACAAGCUCUCCUCCUUAGAAGGGGUUCACACGAAACUGGGGAACAUCAAGACCCUGAACCUGGCAGGCAACCUGCUGCAGAACCUGCGGGGCCUGCAUAAGCUCUAUUCCCUGGUCAACCUAGAUCUCAGUGACAACAGAAUUGAGCAGAUGGAGGAGGUCAGGAGCAUAGGCAGCCUCCCAUGUCUGGAGCACGUGGCUCUGCUGAACAACCCGCUGAGCAUCAUCCCUGACUACCGCACUAAAGUGCUGGCUCAGUUUGGAGACAGGGCCUCCGAGGUGUGUCUGGACCACAUAGCGACCUCAGGGAAGGAACUGGACACAGUGGAAGUGCUAAAAGCAAUUCAGAAAGCCAAGGAGGUCAAGUUCCACCUGAACAACCUAGAGAGGAAGAUCAGCGAGGACUCCUGGCCUGCACCCGCCUCCUGCGUCAGACCCAGCAGCCCGCUCUCCACCAGGGGUCCUGCCUCAACCUCCCUGCCCCAGCCCAUCCUCUCCAACCAAGGAAUCAUGUUCGUGCAGGAGGAGGCCCUGGCCAGCAGCCUUUCAUCCACUGACAGUCUGCCUCCCGACGACCAGCCCAUCACCCCGGGAUGCUCUGAUUCCUUAGAGUCCAUCCCUGCAGGACAGGCACCUGAUGAUUUAAGGGAUGUGCCGGGAGCUGUUGGCGGUGCGAGCCCGGAGCACACGGAGCCAGAGGUCCAGGUGGUGCCCGGGUCCGGCCAGAUCAUAUUCCUGCCCUUCACCUGUAUUGGUUACACGGCCACCAACCAAGACUUCAUCCAGCGCCUGAGCACACUGAUCCGGCAGGCCAUCGAGCGGCAGCUGCCGGCCUGGAUCGAGGCCGCCAACCAGCGGGAGGAGGGCCAGGGCGAGGGGGGGGAGGAGGAGGAGGAGGAGGAGGAGGAAGACGCUGCUGAGAACCGCUACUUCGAGAUGGGCCCCCCAGACGUGGAGGAAGAGGAGGAGGGGGGGGAGGAGGAGGAGGGGGAUGGCGAGGGGGAGGAGGAGGAGCGCCUGGCCCUUGAGUGGGCGCUGGGCGCCGACGAGGACUUCCUGCGGGAGCACAUCCGCAUCCUGAAGGUGCUCUGGUGCUUCCUGAUCCACGUGCAGGGCAGCAUACGCCAGUUUGCCGCCUGCCUCGUGCUCACCGACUUCGGCAUCGCCGUCUUUGAGAUCCCGCACCAGGAAUCACGGGGCAGCAGCCAGCACAUCCUCGCAGCUCUGCGCUUCGUCUUCUGCUUCCCGCAUGGCGACCUCACCGAGUUUGGCUUCCUCAUGCCGGAGCUGUGUCUGGUGCUCAAGGUGCGGCACAGCGAGAACACGCUGUUCAUCAUCUCGGACGCCGCCGGCCUGCACGAGUUCCACGCCGACCUGCGCUCGUGCUUCGCCCCGCAGCACAUGGCCAUGCUGUGCAGCCCUGUGCUCUACGGUAGCCACACCAGCCUGCAGGAGUUCCUCCGCCAGCUGCUCACCUUCUACAAGGUAGCAGGUGGCUGCCAGGAAUGCAGCCAGGGCUGCUUCCCCGUCUACCUGGUCUACAGCGACAAGCGCAUGGUGCAGACAGCUGCCGGCGACUACUCGGGCAACAUCGAGUGGGCCAGCUGCACACUCUGCUCGGCCGUGCGGCGCUCCUGCUGUGCGCCCUCUGAAGCCGUCAAGUCCGCUGCCAUCCCCUACUGGCUGCUGCUCACGCCCCAGCACCUCAACGUCAUAAAGGCCGACUUCAACCCCAUGCCUAAUCGCGGCACCCACAACUGUCGCAACCGCAACAGCUUCAAGCUCAGUCGUGUGCCGCUGUCCACCGUGCUGCUGGACCCCACGCGCAGCUGCACCCAGCCGCGGGGCGCCUUCGCCGAUGGCCACGUGCUUGAGCUGCUCGUGGGCUACCGCUUUGUCACUGCUAUCUUCGUGCUGCCCCAUGAGAAGUUCCACUUCCUGCGUGUCUAUAACCAGCUGCGGGCCUCGCUGCAGGACCUGAAGACUGUGGUCAUCGCCAAGACUCCUGCCACUGGGGGCAGGUCCCAGAGCUCCCUCCUGGAAGGCCAGCCUCUAGCAGGCAGUGCCAGCGGUGAACACCGUCCCCAGGAGGCCCCGGCAGAGGCUCCAGGCCCAGCAGAGACCCCGACUCCCACUCCAGCGCCAGCUCCAGCAGAGGAGGCCCCAGCUCCAGAGGAGAUCCCAGCAGAGGCGCCUGCCCAGUACCCAAGCGAACGCCUGGUCCAGGCCACCUCGGAGGAGAACCAGAUCCCCUCGCACCUGCCCACGUGUCCAUCCCUCCGGCACAUUGCCGGCCUGCAGGGGAGCGCCGUCCUCAAGCUCUUCCACAGCAGCCUUGCCGAGGUGGAAAAUGAGGAGCUGAAGCACCUCAUGUGGUCCUCAGUGGUGUUCUACCAGAGCCCGGGGCUGGAGGUGACCGCCUGUGUGCUGCUGUCCACCGCGGCCGUGUACUUCGUGCUGCAUGAUGGCCUUCGCCGCUACUCCUCGGAGCCCCUUCAGGAUUUCUGGCAUCAGAAAAACACUGACUAUAACAACAGCCCCUUCUACAUCUCCCAGUGCUUUGUUUUAAAGCUCAGUGAGCUGCAGGCAGUCAACGUGGGGCUUUUUGACCAGUAUUUCCGGCUGACGGGCUCCUCCCCAGUGCAGGUAGUCACGUGCUUAACUCGGGAUAGCUACCUGACACACUGCUUCCUCCAGCACCUCAUGGCCGUGCUCUCCUCCCUGGAGCGCUCCCCCUCACCUGAGCCUGUUGACAAGGACUUCUACUCUGAGUUUGGGAACAAGACCACAGGGAAGAUGGAGAACUAUGAGCUUAUCCAUUCUAGCCGUGUCAAGUUCACCUAUCCCAGUGAGGAGGAACUUGGGGACCUGAUGUUCGUCGUGGCCCAAAGGGUGGCUGACUCGGCGGAGACACCGGCUCUCAGCAUCCUCCUGUAUGUGCAGGCCUUCCAGGUGGGCGUGCCACCUCCAGGGCACAACAGGGGUGUGCUGCGCCCCAAAACGCUGCUGCUCACCAGCACUGAGAUCUUCCUUCUGGACGAGGACUUUGUCCACUACCCGCUGCCCGAGUUCGCCAAGGAGCCACCACAGAGGGACCGGUACCGGCUGGAUGAUGGCCGCCGCGUCCGGGACCUGGACCGUGUGCUCAUGGGCUACCAGACCUACCCACAGGCCCUCACCCUUGUCUUUGAUGAUGUGCGGGGCCACGACCUCAUGGGCAGCGUCGCCCUCGACCACUUCGGGGAGGUGCCUGGUGGCCUGGCCAGAGCUGGCCAGGGCCGUGAGGUCCAGUGGCAGGUGUUUGUCCCCAGUGCCGAGAGCCGUGAGAAGCUCAUCUCGCUGUUGGCCCGUCAGUGGGAGGCCCUGUGUGGCCGCGAGCUGCCCGUUGAGCUUACUGGCUAGGCCAGCCCUUGCCACCCACCAUGUCCAGCCUGGCGUCAUCUGCUCGGGUGGGAAGCAGGCUUUCUGUGGUCUUUUAAAAGUGUUUUCUCCUCCCUCCUGGUACCUUCAUUUGACUGGCCUCUCAGAAAAUGUGAUGUCUGUUCAGUUAAUUCUUUCCAAUACCAGGAGUCGGUGCCAGCCCCUGCAGGGCCUCCGUGUGCCGUCUGCCUCCUGCCGGGUCUGCUGCCUUCCCCUGGCACGUGGUGGCUGGCACGCCAGUGUUGUGUCGUCUGUCAUGGGACUGUUAACACGUGGCACCGUGGGUCUGGUUCACUCCGUCGUGCCCCCUUUCUGAAUUGCCAAGUCCAGUCUCACUGCUGUUGCCAACACCGUGGAUGUCUGCUGUGAUCACGAAGCCGGUAGCAAAAUGCACGUGGGAAGCUUCUGCCCCAUGCAGUUUUCCAGAGUGGAGGCCUCUCCUGGUCCAGACAAGCCGGGGAGCCCCGUGAGGGCAGGAGGUCCUCAGGCCGAGGCAUGGGGGCCAGAGGCCUAGAGCUAACCUACAGCUGGUGCCAUCCCUGUGGCCUGUUUUCUCUAUUCCAAUAAAGCAGAGUUUGACACAG